CAACAUCAUGUCGGACAGAAACCAGCUGAUAGAAAUGGGCUUCGACGGCGAGCGCGUCGAUUGGGCCCUGCAUGCUACCAAGAAUCGUGGCCUACAAGCGGCGAUGGACCACCUCGUCGAGAACUCUGAGCGCCCGGUUGCCGACUACAAGAGCGCCGCCGCGUCUGGGGGUGGCAGUGGUGGUGGCGGCGGAGCGGGCACGGACGAGUACGAUGCCGAAGACCAGGCUGCACUGGCUGACAUGUACAACAAGAACGGCCAAGGGGCGCAGGACGACAUGCUGGCGGGCGUGGGCGAGGCCAAGUCGAUCAAGUGCAGCGACUGUGGAAAGAUUCUCAAGAGUGCCGCUUUUGCCAGCUUCCACGCCGAGAAGAGCGGGCACACCAACUUUGAAGAGAGCACCGAGGAGAUCAAGCCAUUGACCGAAGAGGAAAAGAAGCAGCGGCUCCAAGAAAUGAGAGAGAAGCUGGCGCAGAAGAGGGCGACGCAAAGCAAAGAAGACGCGGAGGCGCAGCGAGAAAAUGAAAAGAUUCGGCGAAAGGCUGGCCAGGAGAUGGGCGAGGCUCGUGAAGAGAUGAAGAAGAAGGAGGCGAUGCGAGAAGCCGAGAAGAAGCGGCAGGAGAAGCAGGCUGAUAUCGAAGCAAAGAAGCGAGUCAAAGCCCAGAUCGAAGCCGACAAACGUGAGCGGGCCGAAAAGGCUGCUCGAGAGAAGGCGCUGCGCGAGGGCCGACAGAUUGAGACUGCUGCACCGCCGCCCGCUGCUUCGGCCGCUUCGUUGGCCUCUGCUGCCACGAACAGCAGCAACAGCAGCGAGGCCCGGCUCCGUGUUCGCGCGCCUGGAGGCAUGUUCAUGGGCACGCUCUCUGCCGAUGCAACGCUGGCCGACCUCGAGUCGAAGAUCCAAGCUGACGGAAAGGCCCAGGGAAGCCUCCAAUUCAGCACCACGUUUCCCCGCAAGACCUUUGGCGCCGCCGACAGGACAAAAACGCUUAGGGAGCUGGGUUUGGUGCCCAACGCAGCGCUGGAGGCGAGCAAUGCUUGAGUUGUUUCGUUCUCUUCUCUGGCAUGAUUCAUUGGAACACUCCUCUGCGAACAGAGGGCAGUGCGAUGUGAUGAGCAGGAAUAAUAAUACAAUGAUGUUCCGAACACAGUCUGAUGUGUAUGAGUGUGUGUUUUGUGUGCUGUUGUUGAAGAGAUUUGAUCUCUUGGGGACGCGCCUCUAUGCGGCUUCCUUGACGCCUGUGGCAGAUGCGUUGGCAGAUGUGUGCAGACCCUUCUUUUCCUCGAGCCUCUUUGCCCUCCUGGCAUUCCUCUCGCG